CUGCGUCCGGGUCAGCUUCUGUCGCCUCUUCUACAGCUGCGGCCGGGAAACGGGGCUGGACUUUCUACCGCUGAUCGAGGGGAGCGGGCUCCGCUCGUUGCCGCCUUCUGCGACCUGGCCGUCAGCCCCACGUCGCCGGCCUGGAGGGGCGAAGAGGACGAGGGGGCCAAGGCUUCCUCCGGGCGUCGGCCCAGGUGCAGAACAAAGAAACUUGGACUUCUGGUGUGCCUCAUACCCUCGGGGGAUAGACACGGAAACAGCAUAAGUAACCAGGGAUUUAAUAGAUCUUCUGGGAAGCUAAAACAAAUAUAGGACAUUGGCUCUCUGGAUUAUCAGGAGUCAAUAGUUGACAUUGAAUCCAGGCUGAGAAUGGAAGGUGUAGAACUGAAAGAAGAAUGGCAAGAUGAAGAUUUUCCAAUACCUUUACCAGAAGAUGAUAGUAUUGAAGCAGAUAUACUAGAUGUAACUGGACCAGAGAGCCAGCCUGGCUUACUAGAAGUUAAUGGAAAUAAAGUAAGAAAGAAACUAAUGGCUCCAGAGAUUAGCUUGACACUGGAUCCCGGUGACGGCUCUGUGUUGUCAGAUGAUUUGGAUGAAAGUGGGGAGAUUGACUUAGAUGGUUUGGAUACACCAUCAGAGAACAGUAAUGAGUUUGAGUGGGAAGAUGAUCUUCCAAAACCCAAAACAACAGAAGUAAUUAGGAAAGGCUCAAUCACUGAAUAUUCAGCAGCAGAAGAAAAAGAAGAUGGACGACGCUGGCGUAUGUUCAGGAUUGGAGAACAGGACCACAGGGUUGAUAUGAAGGCAAUUGAGCCCUAUAAAAAAGUUAUCAGUCAUGGAGGAUAUUAUGGAGAUGGAUUAAAUGCCAUUGUUGUGUUUGCUGUCUGUUUUAUGCCUGAAAGUGGUCAACCUAACUAUAGAUACCUGAUGGACAAUCUCUUUAAGUUACGGAAAAACCUAAAAUCCCUAAUUAUUGUGCAUCCCUCUUGGUUUAUCAGAACACUCCUGGCUGUUACAAGACCAUUUAUUAGCUCGAAAUUCAGCCAAAAAAUUAGAUACGUCUUUAAUUUGGCAGAACUAGCGGAACUUGUUCCCAUGGAAUAUGUUGGCAUACCAGAAUGCAUAAAACAGUAUGAAGAAGAAAAGUUUAAAAAGAAACAAAAAAGAGUUGAUCAAGAACUUAAUGGAAAACAAGAUGAACCAAAAAGUGAACAGUAAGUUUGGCAUCUAGUUCAAACAAGACUGAAGAAUGUGCUGAUGAAGCAAUGCUCUCUUUUGCAUUUAUAAUGCAUUUAUUGGCUUGCAUUUUUAUGUAAUCUGUUACAAAAUUGACUUUUUCUUAAUGGACUUUUGUACAAGGGGCUAUUCACUGCUGUAUUGGUUUGCAAAUCUCUCGAAUUUAGCUCUUUAAUGGUUAAUUAUAUUGUAAUCAUUUUGUAUUUUAUAUUGCUAAUUAGCAGAGAACUACACUUUAUAAAGCAGUUUUUGCAUUUGUUUAUUGAAAGAUGAUGCAUUUUCAGGAAACUAUAUGUAUAUAUAGCAAAGAAAAGAAAUAAUAUAUAUUUUUAUGUUUUUGAGCAAAAUUUUUUAAUGUAUACCUAUCUUGUAGAAGAAUAGGCAGGUAAAUAAGAUCAUGAUUUUAUAAAGUACACGUUAGAUGUUUUGAUUUUGUAAAUGGUUGAAUACAUUUCCUGGGUAACUUUAGAAAAUUAAGUUGCUCUAAGGCAAGGGUCAGUUAAACUGAUUCUCUCAAAUAUCCAAAGAUCAUGUACAUAAUUUAAGUAGAUAGUACCAUCCCAAGCUUUUUUUUUUUCCACUUAAUGUAUAUUGUUCCUUAAUUCAGAAGCACAAAUACAAGUGCAUUGUACACUUUUUCCUCUGAAAACAAGUAAAAAAGCCAUUUUUAGAACUAAUAGGUUAGAAGUUAGGGUUUGUACAUAUGUAAAUAUGGGAUAUUUUAUCUUCUGGCCCAAAGUCAGAAUUGUUAUAAAAAUUUUUGGAUUUGUUCACUAAUGUGAAAUAAGCUGUGUGUCCAGGGUAUCACUCCCCAGAAUUCGUGUGAGUGCUUUGUAAUAUUGCAGAGAAUGUGAUGAGUAUUCACUGUCACAAUUUCUGUAGAAACAGGGGCUGCUUUUUAAACUGCUCUCACUGUGGGCACUUUACCAAAAUACUUCCAUAUCAAUUAUUUGAACUCAGUAGUAGUUUGACCUAGUCAAGUAUGAUGUACUUUCAAGUUUCUGUUGAAUCGAGUUUGACAAUAAUAGACAAUAAUACUGUAAAUUAAGUUAAUUUUGUAUGUCUUAGAGCAUCAUUAUAUUGCGCUGUUUGGGAUGAAAUAUUUGAUAAGUAUGUAAACUCCUUGUUACAUUUGGUAAGUACUAUUAUAUUGAAAUAAAUUGUAUUUGUGCCUCCAAACAGAGCUUAAUUAACCACAGAAUCAUUCUAAAACAACAGGUUUGUCCAGAAUUUUCAUAAACUUGAGUGACAUAUACUUAGUAAAUUUAAUAUUCUCCAUAUUUAAAGGUCAUGCUGUCCAGCAUGUCCUGUAAGCUAUUUUACAAAAAGAGAAGGGUAGAGUAGCAAAAUUGAAGUCGAUUUGUGCUUAGCUUUUUAAGAUUUAUUCUCUUCUGUACUGAUCAUACAAUCAUGGCUUUACCAUUGUCAUUUUCUUAAUAUAAAGUGUCUGCUAUAAAAGGGGAUUUUCCUUUACUUUUUGUCCUCAUCAGUCCUAAACUUGGCAUGCUGACUUAAGUCCAGUUAUGGGAGAUGCUAGAGGAUUCCUUGGAUGAAGCAUUCUUCAACAGCCUUUUGACUGGGAUCCAGCAGCUCUAGACAGAUCCUUUAUUAAUGUCAUUACAAUGAAUUAAGCCAAAACCAUUAUUCUUGCUGAAAUCUUAGAAACACUUUGUAUUGAAGAAAUAAACUGACAAUAACUAUUCAGGCAUUCCUUCAGAAUUUGGGGAUUAUGAAUAAAGAUGUUGGAUUUAAUUGUGGUUAGAUAACACUUGUAGACAAUUUUAAGUAGUCUUUCAUCUGUGUGUCUCAAAGUGGACUGGGCUUUUUAAUAGAUGGUUUUGCACCACAUUAAGUAUUUGGCUCUUCAGUUUCAAAAAUACACAAUAAUUUUCACUCAA